AUGGGCAUCUCCGAUCUUGAUCUGGGUAUUGACUAUCAACGUGUGAACAACUUCAUCCAGCUAUCCCGUUACCCGCUACCUCUUAAUUUCGAGAAGGCACUCUGGUUCAUGAGUCUGAAAAUGGCAAGCGCUUUCUGGGCAAUCAGGAUGACUGAAAGAACCAAGCCGAUAGCAGCUUUUGUAUGUCCGUUUGGACACUUCCACUGGAUUCGGAUGCCGUUUACACUAAAAAAUACACCUCUAAUUUACCACCAAGUAAUCAACAAAUUCAUACCACGAAUUUCUGAUUACCUGACAUUGGACCCCCAGGAUGGCGGACCUCUAGGGUGUGGAAUUCCAGGGUAUACCGGUUGCGAGAACAACCAUACUCCUCGACUAUUACCAACCUUGGCGGACAAAAUGACUGUGUUUAAGACGAACAUCCCUGCUCCGACGCAGAUCUCACCUGUCCUGGGAUGUAGCUCGUACAUUGACGACAUCGCACUAAAUAAUGUGGGCUCUUGA